AUGCCGACAGACACAGUUUCUACCCCUCCUCAAGCCACGGGAAGGUCUAAGAAAAACAAGAAGAAAAAAGGCGCUGGGAAAUCGAAUGUUAACGGAGAAGAUGAUCGCAAGUUUCAAGUGUCUCAUCAGAGCGCUGCGGCGAAGUCCGAUGAGGCCUCCGAGUCCACGACGAAGACGCCUGCUGAGGAUCUAGCAAAUGGUUCACAGCGCGAGGACACGGAAAGUCAGUUGGAGAAGACGGACGAUGAGGAAGAAAACCAGCCCACAAAGGAGGUUCUACCACCCACAAGAAAUGACGAAAUAUGUUCGGAAAAUUCUUUCAAGCAGCAGAUGCCAUCAGGUAUCGAAUCAGAUACACGGUUUGAAGCUCUCGUACGAGAUCGCGACUCACUCCGAGUGGAGGUUUCAGAGAUGCGAAGGACCCUCGAGAAGAUACAGUCAAAACAUGAUCAAGAGAUGGAAACCCUUCAGAAUAAACUGCAAGAGACACACAAUGAGAAGAAUAACGCGGAAACGCAAUUUCGAAAUCUUCUGGGCAAGGUCAACACCAUCAAGUCCCAGCUAGGAGAAAGGCUGAAAGCCGACGCUGAAGAGUUAAGCCAGGCAAGAAGCCAAAUUGAAGAACUAGAGGGCCAAAACGAAACACUUAAGUCCGAAGUUGAAGCUAAAUCAGCGCAGAUUGAGUCGUUGGAGAAGGAGGGUGAGCAGAGAUCUAAAGAACUUUCAAGCCUGAGAAAUAGAACGAACCUUUCUCAGCAGAAUUGGUUGAAAGAAAGGGAAGAAUUGCUAGAACAGGAGUCGUAUCUACGUGCAGAAUUCGAAGAGGCCAAACAGGCCAUGCAUAACUGGGAGAUUCUUGCUAUGGAGGAACGAUCCGUUCGAGAGGGGCUUGGGGAUAAGGUGGUAGACUUGGAAGAACAGCUAAAUGCUCUCAAAAUUGACUAUGAGAGAGUAUCGAAGGAAAGCAGAGAUCAGGAAAAUACGAUCGAGGGUCUUCAGAAAGCUCUACAGGAGAUCCAGAGAGCUCGAAAGCAAGAGUUGCGAGAGCUGGUCGAAAGCUCUGAUCUCCAAGCUGAAGAUCUCCGGAAGAAGGUUCAAACUGCUGAAAAAUCAGCUGCCCAGGCCACUGCGGAGCUGGAAAAAACAAAAAUGGAGUUAGAAAGAGCGCUGCCCUUUGAGAAGGAAGUGAAGGAGAAGAACCUCCUGAUAGGAAAGCUUCGGCACGAGGCAGUCACGUUGAAUGAGCAUCUUACAAAGGCUUUACGUUUCCUUAAGAAAGGGCGGCCUGAGGACAAUGUGGAUAGGAAUCUUGUGACAAACCAUUUCCUUCAUUUCCUCGCACUUGAUAGGUCAGACCCGAAGAAAUUUCAGGUCCUACAACUUAUAGCUGCACUUCUGGGGUGGACGGAUGAACAACGUGAGCAAGCUGGCCUUGCUCGGCCCGGAAGCACUGCAUCGCUUAGCCUUCGAGUCCCUGGCGCCUCACUCGUGCAGCGGACCCCCAGCUCUCCUGCACUUGCAACGGAUUAUUUCUCCGAAUCCACCCCUUCCCGUAAGGAAUCGCUGGCAGAAUUAUGGUCAAGUUUCCUAGAGCAAGAGGCCCAGACUGGAAAGGAACAAAAGGACUCCAAAGCUGGAGGUGAAUGA